AUGGAAGGCUCCAACGGAUUUGGGAUCGAGUCCCUCCUUUCCCACCGGCCGGGGAGCCCGGCCGCGCCCAAGGGAGACCCGCUGAUGGGGGAGUGCCGGUCCCCUUUGGAACUAAGCCCCGGCUCGGAGAUCAGCAGCGGCUGCCCGUCUCCCCACUCGCCCGGGCGGGACUGCCUGGAGGCGCAGCGGCAAGGCGUGGCGGCGGCCCUGGAGUCGCACCUCCAAGCCGGACAGAUCUCCGCCCCGUCCCAAUCCAGGACGGUGACUUCCUCCUUUUUAAUCAGGGACAUUUUGGCCGACUGCAAACCUUUGGCGGCCUGCGCCCCUUACUCCAGCACCAACGGACAGAGCGCGCAGGAGGCGCCGGUUCGAAUCCCGGCCAAGGCCGGGGAGGAUUUCCGAGACAAGGUCGACAAAAGCAGCAGUAACUCGUCUUCGGACUCGGAAUACAAAGUGAAGGAGGAGGGGGACCGCGAGAUCUCCAGCUCCCGGGAGAGCCCGCCGGUGCGGCUGAAGAAGCCCCGCAAGGCGCGCACGGCCUUCACGGACCACCAGCUGGCCCAGCUGGAGCGCGAGGGAGGGGGCAGGGAGGCCAGGUUGGGAAGCCCCCUGGGGAGCAAGGCCCUCGGCCAGCUUUCUGCUCCCCGGAGCUCCCCUCCUCCUCCGGUCCCGUUCCGUCCCUUGUUGGGUUUGAAGGGAACGUCCCUGAAGCUGUCGCUGUCAGCCGCCCGGAGCCACGAGGAAAGGCGGGCUACAAAUGCGCUGGUCGAGCCCUCCCGGAGCGCCGUGGUGGGGACGCUCGGGAAGAAGGGGACCUUUGGGGCAGAGAAGCAGGGACUCCUCGGGGGUGCGCUGGCCGGAGUGGUUAUUCGAAGAGGAGUUCCAGACCCCGGCCUCGAGCUGAACGGCAGACACGGCCCAUUAGCGACCUUGAAUUCAGACCUGCUGUGGAAUGCCACGUGUAGCGAUAAGAUCCCUAAAACGAGAACAAAAAAUAUAUAUAUCCUGGCCACGGGCUUGCGCGGGCCCUCCCCGCCCCCGUUUCCCACGGACGCCUCUUGGAGGCGCUCCACCCGGCAAGGCCCGACAGCCGCCGCCACCCCUUAUGGUUGGGUCCCAGAUACUGGCGUCCACAGGACCAAGUGGAAGCGGCAGACGGCGGUGGGCCUGGAGCUGCUGGCCGAGGCCGGGAACUACUCGGCGCUGCAGCGGAUGUUCCCCUCGCCCUACUUCUACCCGCAGAGCCUGGUCUCCAACCUGGACCCCGGAGCCGCCGCCGCCCUCUAUCUCUACCGCGGGCCCAGCGCCGCCCCGCCGCCCGCCCUGCAGAGGCCGCUCGUCCCCCGCAUCCUCAUCCACGGACUGCAGGGCGCCGGCGGAGAGCCCCCCCCGCCCCUGCCCCCCCUGGCCGGAGUCCUGCCCCGCGCCGCCCAGCCCCGGUGA